AUGGCCCGACGGACGGUCAGUGAAGGCCCCGAGAGAAAUGCAAUGGAGCUGCCAAAAUACCCUGGCUCUUGUGCCUCGCGCGAGCAGCCUCCUCCCUACAUAGAUGUCGAUCUUGAGCAGCAGCACAGCACCGAUCCACCUGGGUACCAGAACGGGUCCCCCACGCGCGACUCCAACCGUAAUGAGGCUAGCGAGUCCAAUAUUUGCCUGGGGGUGUGGAGAAUGGAGAGGCCGACACGGCGCACUUGGAAGAGACCGUGCAGCCGGUUUGAGUGGGAGGUGCUGGGUGGCUUCUCUAUUCUUUUUCUCCUCGUCGGUGGCGUACUUGUUUACUACAUAUAUGCUGAUUACCCACGGCUGUUCCACAAGUCUCACGGCAAAGGCAAGGCAUAG